GACACAUGGUAAGAUUAUUUGCAUUCAGUGCAGGAUACUGACGAGGACUCACCGCAGCGGAACAUAAGCAAAAAUUACCAGGAUAUAUAAAUAUUACACGAGGAAAUAAAACCCUACUUCUCCCUCUGCUCUGUACCGCUCCUUCUCUCUCUCCUAUCGCCAAAAACAGAUAUAGCCGAUGGGGUUGGCACCGAAGUUAGCUCAGUUGCAGUCCAAGGCAACUCAGGCAUCCCAAUUUGUAGCAAAGCAUGGUUCUGCCUACUACAAGCAGCUACUGGAGCAGAAUAAGCACUACAUUCAAGAGCCACCUACGGUUGAGAAAUGUAACCUUUUGUCAAAGCAAUUGUUUUACACUCGUCUAGCCAGUAUUCCCGGCCGCUAUGAGACAUUCUGGAAGGAGAUGGAUUAUGCCAAGCAUAUGUGGAAGAACAGGAAGGAAUUGAAGAUUGAGGAUGCUGGCAUUGCUGCUCUAUUUGGGUUAGAGUGUUUUGCCUGGUUCUGCGCUGGAGAGAUUGUUGGUCGAGGAUUCACCUUAACUGGUUACUAUGUUUAAGUGAUUCAACAAGAACAGCUUCUGAAUUUGAACUGAUCAAAGCUUUCACCAUAUAUAUAUUUUUUCAAGAUC